CAAAAACUUUGUUCCCUCAAGGAAUAGCUGAUUCAUUAGAAUGAAAUCAUGCCUCCAAAAAAGGUAUAUAUAUAGAAGGAAUUCCUUGUAAAAUAGUAUCGAAAAUCAAAAAGUUUUGAUUUAGUAGUCUUUUGUUUUAAUCAAGUAAAAAGACCCAAUUUCAUUUUUAUCAUGUCUGGUCAAACUGUUGCUAUUCUUUUCUACUCUACCUAUGGCCAUGUUGCCCAACUCGCUGAAGCCGAGAAGAGAGGUAUUGAAGCUGCCGGUGGUAAGGCCGUCAUCUACCAAAUCCCCGAAAUCUUGUCUGAUGAAAUCUUGGCCAAGAUGCACGCUCCCAAGAAGCCCAACUACCCCGUCGCUACUACUGACAUCUUGACCAAGUACGACGCUUUCCUCUUUGGUUACCCUACCCGUUACGGUACCCCUUGUGCUCAAUUCCGUGCCUUCUGGGAUGCCACUGGUGGUCUCUGGGCUAGAGGUGAAUUGCACGGCAAGUACUUUGGUCAAUUCUUCUCCACCGGUACUCAAGGUGGUGGUCAAGAAACCACUGGUUUGACUGCUUUGACCAGCUUCGUUCACCACGGUAUGAUCUAUGUUCCUUUGGGUUACAAGAACACCUUUGCCAUUGCUUCUGACCUUGGCUCUGUUCACGGUGGUUCUUCUUAUGGUGCCGGUACCUUCGCUGGUGCCGACGGCAGCCGCUCUCCUUCUGAGCAAGAAUUGACUGUCGCUACCACCCAAGGUGAGCAGUUCUACCGCACUGUUUUCCGUGUUUAAAUGUAAAAAGGUUUGGCAUGGUAACUGAGACUAUAGAUUAGUUGCAUC